AUGUCGGCCGACGAAGACAGCGCCACCGACGACUCGGUGCCGCUGAACUUUCUCCUCGGCGACCGCGUUCGCUUCUACAGAAAUGCGUCGGGUCCGAUCAAGGUGGUUGCGCAACCCCGGCCACGCACCCCGACCGACUUUACAGACAUGAGCAAGCGCGAGCGUGAAGUCCGAGCCAAGAUGGUGCUGGACCCCAUCAAUGGGAUGCGAACGUUCCUGACGGCCGUCAAGAUGGACGAGGCCCCGGCGCCGUCGACGUCACCAUCGCCACAACCCACUCGCUCGUUCCAAUCCCGAGCGGAGCGCAAGCAGCGUGAGAAGCAGCGGCUGCAGGUCCAGCGGCUGCAGACAUCCAUUUCCUGGAAAGGCGACAAGGACGAGACUCUUGCGCAGGAUCGCGGCUUGGAUACGUCCCAUGGGUACAUGCGCCCCAAAGCGUUUUUGCCCGUCGCGAUCUCGAGAGCACCGACACUGCACAGCGUCGACAAGCUCGCAGGUCGGCACUACUACAGCGGACGCCUCUUCCCACGCCAUGUACUAGUCAUCCAAAUCGAGGUCGAGAAGGCGCGGGCCAAGGUCGACUGGCGCUUGCACCACGCCCAGCGCGUACUGCAGGUCACGAAAGCCCAGCAAGAAUAUGCCCAACAAGUGCUUUCGCAAGCGGGCACGGCCCGCGAACGGGAAAAGAACCGCAAACACUUGAUGGAGGCCAAGCGCAAGGAGAUCGAGCGGCGAAAGCACGAGCAAGGGCUCGAGCUGGCCGCCGCCAAGCUCGAGAAGGAGCAGUGCCUCAACGACCUACACCGCGACGUGGACGAGCGCAACCGAGUGGCCAAGAUGCGCAAGGGCAACAUGGUGAGCAAGCUCAAGGACCGCGUUGAGUACUUUCAGCGCAAAGGCAUGAAUGGCCGCGUCUCGAACCAGUACAAGCUGCAAGACGACGUACUCGACGCCGGCGACGACGUACCGCUACCGCCCGCGGACGCGCCUACUCUGAGCUCGUUCAAGCCCAGUCGCCGACGGCCCCGGGACAAGUACACGAUCGACGUCACUGCCCGGCCCAAGCCUGUGUUUGGCGGCGGGUUCCACGUCGAGCCGGCCAAGUGCCAGUACAGCGAUGACGAGAACGACGCGAACGAGAGCGACUGGGAAGUAUCCAAGGCCGGCGAUAUACAGCAUACAGGCUCUGCGAACCAAUAG